AGACUGGACAGGCAGGAGGGGCCAUAUUUCAGGGCCACCAUGGAGGGCGGCUUCACGGGGGGUGAUGAGUAUCAGAAACACUUCCUGCCCAGGGACUACUUGGCCACUUACUAUAGCGUCGAUGGCAGCCACUUGCCUGAGGUCGAGAUGCUGAAGUUUUACUUGGAGUGUCUUCACAGAACUUCGUCUCCUGGCCUCCAAGGGGACAUGCUGAUUGACAUCGGCUCAGGUCCUACCAUCUACCAAGUUCUCGCUGCCUGUGAGUCCUUCCAAGACAUCACCCUCUCUGACUUUACCUACCGUAACUGGGAGGAGCUGAAAAAGGAUCCGGGGGCUUAUGACUGGACCCUGGUGGUGAAAUUCGCCUGUGAGCUUGAAGGAAACAGUGGCCGAUGGCAGGAGAAAGAGGAGAAGCUGUGAGCAGUGGUGAAGCGGGUGCUCAAAUGUGAUGUCCACCUGGGCAACCCACUGGCCCCGGCUGUGUUGCCCCCUGCCGGCUGCAUGCUCACCCUUCUGGCCAUGGAGUGUGCCUGCUGUAGCCUUGAUGCCUACCGUGCUGCACUUUGCAACCUUGCCUCGCUGCUCAAGCCGGGUGGCCACUUGGUGACCAUGGUCACACUUCGGCUCUUGUCCUACAUGGUGGGGAAAUGUGAAUUCUCCUGCUUGGCCCUGGAGAAGGAGGAGGUGGAGCAGGCUGUCCUGGAUGCCGGCUUCGACAUUGAGCAGCUCCUAUACGGUCUCCGGAGCUACUCUGUCACCAGUGCUGCCAACACUGGAGUCUGCUACACUGUGGCUUACAAGAAGCCUGGGCCCUGAGCCAGGAGGGCUAGCCAGGGCUCUGGCCAGGCUGUGAGGCCGUGACCAUCUGUAUGCUAGAGAGGGGCGAGGAAUGGAUAUUAACGGGCCCUGCUUUCAACACUAACAAUCCAUCUUCUGAAAUUCUGAGAUUCUAACAUCCUUGCUUCAGAAUUCUAAGUUUCCAACAUUCCUCAUUCUAGGAUCCUAGGAGUGGAAUUUUCCAUUUUCUAAUAUACUAAGGCUUACAACUACCUUAGAUGUGAUCUGACUCCCAUGUGACUGUGGAGCACCCAGGGAUGUGGUUUCAGAGUCUGCCUAGUAUGUUAAGGACAAGGAAACCUCUAGACAGCGGCAUAUUGGGGAAUGUUUCAUAACCAGGGAAAGCACUGAGAUGUGGCGUCACCAAUUUCUGUGGUGUAAACACUCCCACAGUGGUUGGUUUCAAGCUACCAGUGGUUUAAUGACCUUCUCAUAAAUCUCCUAAACAUUUUACAGUUGACUCUCAUGAGCUGAUUUGAGUCAGCUGGAAUACAACACUUCCUCAGACUAAGGUCAGCAGAUUUAGCAAACAAAAAUACAGACUGCCCCAGUUCAUUGAAUUUUAGAUAAUAAAUUUUUAAGGCUAAGUAUGUCCCCAGAAUUGUAUGGAACAUGCUUAUCCUACACAAUGAUAUGUUGUUCACCUGAAAUUCAAAUUUAGCUGGGUGUCCUGUAUUUCAUCCGUCAGUCCUACUUCAGACCCAAGAGUAAGGUACAUGUAUGCACUUUGGUCAAGCAAUAGGCAGAGGCGGAUAUCCAGCCCUGCAUGACUCAUUGGGUUUGGUGCGCAGGUGAACACCUCUACUUGUUAUAUAACCUUUUUGUGUAAAUUCAUACUUGGCUCUCAGCCACUGUUGUCUGUAAAAGGUAUACUUGUUGUGCUAACGCUAUAUAGGGGUGCUCUUGGGGCUUGGCUUGGCUCAACAUGGCUUGACAUGGCAGGUGCGCUGGUGCCUAGAGAGAGAGAGAGAGGGAGAGCCAAAGCUGUCCAUCUUGCAAAUGGACAGUAGGGAGCCAGGACACAGCUCGGCUUGCUUGUGCCCAGAGAGAGAAAGAGUUAAGCUGCUGACCAGCUGGCUGCACAGCUGUGUGUGGGAGCCGCAGGCUCAAGCAGCCGAGACAGGGCGGACAGCGUGAAAGAGCUAGUGCGAGUAAGCUGCUGAUGAGAGCGGUGGCUGAGUAAAACCAUAUUCACCUGCUUAUA